AUGAGUUCCACAGGUGUUGAAAUCCAGCCGGCAUCAUCUUUCGACGAGCAGGAUCAGCUGCUGAUCAGACGGAUCCGCCAGCAGUCGCAACUCAGUCCAGACAGCUCGCUGGAAGAGCGGAUUCUGGAGAAGUUUGAUCAUUUUCUGGCCAAGCUGGAAUCGAGAAUCGAAACGUUUGAGACGUAUUUCACCCAGCAAACGGGCAAGUCGAGCCACUACCACUACCAUUUCUACGAAACCUUGGAGUCCAUGAAGACCGCGUUCAUCCAAAACAAACAAAGAAGUUUGUCGUCGCUCGGCCAAAUACUGGACCGGUAUUACGGCUCAUUAUUGAAUGAUAUCCGAGAAACAGACUCUGGAGACUUGCACCAGAGAAUUUUCACCGGACUGCAAUUCCUGGACGAGAAAAUCGACCAGGUCGAAAAGACGUUCAGCAUUCCUUUAAGCCCGAACGAACAUCUCACCGGACUGAAAGGAAAACUGUACAACUACGAAAAAGCUGUUGCUGCCGGAUCAAAGAGGCUUUUACAUUUUUACGAGCUUCCAUUUCAAUGGCGCGAAAACAAGUACAUUGUGUUUGGCUACCGUUUCAACCCGUCACACACUUCUGCGCUCAAGAGUGUUGUCCAAUGCCACAACGAAACAGCCAAUAUCUGGACGCAUAUUUUGGGCUCGGCUCUGAUCGCAUAUCUAAUGUUCUACCAUUACCCUUCCACAGACGUUUACCAGCACUCGUCCUUCGGCGAUAAGCUGGUCACCAAUUUCUUUUUCGUGGCCUCCAUCAAAUGUCUUCUGUCUUCUGUCGUCUGGCACACGUACGACUGCAUCGCAAAACUUUAUCUGCGUCAAAGGUUUGCCUGUAUCGACUACACAGGAAUCACAGUGUUGAUCACUGCCUCGAUUAUCACCACCGAGCAUAUUGCUUUGAAAGAGUACCCAGCCACGGAGCUCGGCUUCAUUGCUUUCUCGUCGAUUGCGGGCGUUGUGGGUGUGUUUUUCACCUGGUCCGAGUUCUUCGACAAACCAGAGUCGCGUCCCGUGAGAAUUUUGUUCUUUAUGUCGCUUUCGGCUCUCGGAGUGGCCGCUUUUUGCUCCUCCAUCUUCCUGAGAGGUCUGACCUACUCUCUUCACCUUUACGUCCCGCUUCUUCGGAGCUUUGUCUGGUACCUUACGGGUGUCCAGUUCUACGGAACUCUGGUUCCUGAGAGAUGGAGAAACGACGUUCACGUCGAUGAGCACGAUCUCUGCGACGAGACAAUCUUGGAGCUGGAGAACUCCGGCAAGCUACAGGAGUAUCUCGACAAACAGCCCGCCGUCACUGCCCAGCGCAAAAGCUGGCUGUCCAUGUGGUGGGUCGACUACAUUUUCAGCUCGCACCACAUCUGGCACAUCUUUGUGCUUCUGGGGAUCCUGGGCCAUUACUCGGCUCUCCUGGAGAUGUUCUCUAUAGUUAACUGA